GUGAAGCCUCUCGCCUCGCUACGGUGGCGAAGAUACGAUCGCUUGAAAAGACAUCAAAACAAACUAUUCUGGGUAAUAAUCUGUGCAUAACCAGUCUGAGGGUUUGUCUCAGAGAGAGACCUGCAUCAUGUCGAAAAUGGAGAAACAACUGUUCAACCUCAAGUUUGCUGCCAAGGAGCUGCAACGCAACUCCAAGAAAUGUGAUAAAGAUGAAAGGGCAGAAAAGGCCAAAGUUAAGCAGGCUAUCCAGAAGGGCAAUAUGGAGGCAGCCAAGAUCCACGCAGAGAAUGCCAUCCGUCAGAAGCACCAGUCCAUUAACUUCUUGAGGAUGAAUGCACGUGUGGACGCCGUGGCUUCUAGGGUCCAGACCGCUGUCACGAUGAACCAGGUGUCUAAAUCCAUGUCUGGAGUGGUCAAGUCUAUGGAGUCCACACUGAAAAGUAUGAACUUGGAGAAGAUCUCUGCGUUAAUAGACAAGUUUGAGAACCAGUUUGAAACUCUUGACGUGCAGACAGCUCAGAUGGAGGACACGAUGGGCAACACCACCACUCUGAUGACGCCUCAGAAUGAAGUGGACACGCUGUUGCAUGAGAUGGCUGACGAAGCGGGGUUGGAUCUAAACCUGGAGCUUCCUGCAGGCCAGACUUCCUCCCUGGCUUCAUCUGUGGCAUCGACAGAGCAGGACGAGCUCUCCCAGAGGCUGUCCAGGCUGCGAGGCCAGGUGUCGUAGUGAUGUCGGAAAAAAUAACAAGACCGCAGAGGAGGGAGGAGAGCGGGGAGCGACAGAGCGGAGAGUGAACAACAACAAACAAAAGGUGGCAUGUGCCUGGAAGCUCCGCGUUCCAGGUUUGUUCUGUCGAGAGAAAUAAAGGAAGCUGACUAACAGCAGGGGAAGGGGCCGAGAGGAAGAGGCGGGAUGUUUGCAGCCCCGGCACUCGCUGCAUCACACGCAGUCCUCCUUCCAUAACAAUGUUCAUUUGCACACUCAUAUUUAACAUUCAUUCUGAUAAUGUAUUAGCUCAGCAUUAGGACACUAUACUGUUCUGCCAUGUUUCUUUAUUUUUAAGGUGGCACACGUUGGAUCUGAAUGGGAUUUAUUUUUUUGUCUCGCAAAUUGUUGAGGAAAAACAACACUUGUACUACUUAAUCGCUAAUACGCCAUUCCAAAGUGGGUAUACACUGUAUAUAAAAUGUAAGGAGCAAUAUUUAUUUAUUUAUUUACUGCCCGCUUCACUGAUUCUCUGAUUGCUCAGAGCAUACUUGUGUUGUGACUGCUGUGUCCUACCUGACUGAGGAUGUGUUGUUUGUUUGUGUUUUGGCUUAAGGCGCUGAAACUCAAACUUCUUUUUAUUGUGCGGUGGGGAUUAUUGCUUUGGAGGAAGCUGGAAUAUGCUUGAGUUUUUCUGCAUGUCGCAGUAAACGGCUCUAGCGGCUCACUUGUAUGCAAAGACAGGGAGUCAUUAAAAGAGUUUUCAACACGU